AUGGACCUUGCUAUUUCAUUACUUAAUGAAGUAAAUACUUUUGGUGUUUCCAAUGGAUGCAGCUGUGGGGCAACAGGACAAGGUUGUGACUGUUUAAUGUUUAGUGACUAUGCCAGUGGUGGCGAGUGUAACAAAGCAGCCUUUAUUUGUCAAACUGAGCGCAAUAAUUUUAUUCCUCACAAUAUUUUGCGUGAUGAUAUCAGUUUGGGUUGUGAGGAACCUGAUUGUACUUUAAUUAGUAGUAAUGCGGGACCAUAUGAAGUUGAUUCCCAUUAUAUGCAUUCAUUGGGAAAUGUUUAUGAUAUUGGACAAGAAAGUACGGACAUUUUUCCUGAACAAUUGAUGCAUGGUGUAGUUGAUGAUAAUGACAUUUUUUUAGAUAAUGAAAAUAUGUUGGCUGAGGAGAUAGAAAGAACAUCAUUAAAUAGAAUAUUCUCCCAUAUAGUGCUGGUAUUUAAGAAAGCAAGUCCAAAUGGAAAGUUGACAGUUUAUCUUGGAAAGAGGGAUUUUGUUGAUCAUGUGAACAUUGUGGAUCCAGUUGAUGGUGUGGUUUUGGUUGACCCAGAGUACCUGAAAGAAAGAAAAGUAUUUGUGACUUUGACAUGUGCAUUCCGUUAUGGACGCGAAGAUUUGGAUGUGCUUGGACUGACUUUUCGAAAAGACCUUUUUGUGGCCAACGUUCAGGCCUUCCCUCCAGUACCUGAGGAGAAGAAACCCCUAACACGAUUGCAAGAGAGAUUAAUUAAAAAGCUGGGAGAGCAUGCAUACCCAUUCAUCUUUGAGAUCCCUGCCAAUCUGCCAUGUUCUGUCACUCUACAACCAGGACCAGAAGACACCGGGAAGGCCUGUGGUGUGGAUUUUGAAGUUAAAGCAUUCUGUGCAGAAAAUGUAGAGGAAAAGAUCCAUAAAAGAAAUUCAGUCCGACUUGUCAUUCGAAAAGUACAGUAUGCUCCGGAGAAACCUGGACCACAACCCAUGGCAGAGACAACUCGUCAGUUCCUCAUGUCUGACAAGCCUCUACAUCUGGAGGCAUCUUUGGACAAAGAGAUCUAUUACCAUGGUGAGCCAAUAAGUGUCAAUGUUCAUGUCACAAACAACACAAGCAAAACUGUGAAGAAAAUUAAAAUUUCAGUUCGUCAGUAUGCAGAUAUCUGCUUAUUUAACACGGCACAAUACAAGUGUCCUGUUGCAAUGGAAGAAGCAGAUGACACUGUGUCUCCUAGUUCUACAUUUUGCAAAGUCUACACAUUAACUCCCUUUCUUGCUAACAACCGAGAAAAACGUGGACUAGCCCUUGAUGGAAAACUCAAACACGAGGACACAAACCUGGCAUCAAGUACAUUAUUAAGAGAGGGUGCUAAUAAAGAAGUCCUUGGCAUCAUUGUAUCAUACAAAGUAAAAGUGAAGCUUGUUGUAUCAAGAGGCGGUGAUGUUGCUGUUGAGCUCCCGUUUACAUUAAUGCAUCCAAAACCCAAAGAAGAACCCCUCUACAGAGACGUUGCAGAGAAUGAUGUCCCAGUUGAUGCUAACCUCAUAGAGUUUGAUACAAAUGAUGAUGACAUUGUGUUUGAAGACUUUGCUCGUCAGAGACUGAAAGGAAUGAAAGAUGAUAAAGAUGAAGAUGAAGAUGCAGUAAACUCAGCCAGCUUCAAUGACCGAUAGACAUGGACAUGAUAAAAAAAUGAAUAAUGAAGUACUGGGAUUUUUCAUGUUCAUUUUCAAUGACAGUGAUAUCUUUCUUGGAUUAUGGUCAUAAAAAAAGAAGAAAAAAAUGUCAUUGAGUUUGUUUUCAUUCAUGGUAACUGUGUUUUGUUAUCUUAAACAAAAUGUGUUUUAAAAUGUAGUUUACUUAGCCGUGUACGUCUCAAACCCUGAUCAUGAGGUAGCAAUUUCAGUUAGUUUUUGUAUUCUUACAUGAGGAAUACUGUUAAAUAUUUUUGCAUGUUUUGAACACUACUGAAAUUUUAUAAUGUCUAAUGAUUUCAUACAGCAUAUUGUGAAAGGUUCUAGCAGGAAGGUGGAGCUCACUAAAAAUAUUUUCUUAAACCCGGGCCUUAACUAAAUAUUUAACAUGAAAAAAAACAAAAUUUCUGUAAGAAAUAUUUCUACAUAUGGCAACAUAUGAAAAUGAAUCUGUUUCCAUUUAGGGACAAUUAAAGCAUGCCACCAAAGUAAAAAUGUUAAUAUAUCUCAGAAAUUGUUAAUUGUAUACCAUUGUACAGUGUGCCUACUUUAUUAUAAUGACAUUUAUGACAGUUGCUAGCCAUAAAACAUUUAUAACUGUGAGAAUGAAUACACUGCACAUCUAGUUUCAGAGACCUGCUUGCAAAGAUGUUCUACCAUGGUUGAAUAGUAAACUUCAUUGUAUCUAUAAGCAGAUAUUGCCCCAUUAGAAAUCAUGCCCUUGCAGUACUCUUAUUAUAAACAAAAUCUCUCAUUAACCGAAAAAUUACCAAGUCACCUUGCUGAACAUUUAUUCCUCUCCAGUGGCUGAUGGAAGAUCGAAUGUGUUCACAGGAUAACAAUUUUCUAGAUUAAAAUACUUAAUUUAUGUAUGUCUGUUUUGGUGGGUACUCUAUUUUUCCAAGAUACUAUGUGCAUUUUUAUGACAGUGUACCCAAGAUCAACUACUGAAUAGCAACAGUGAUGUGUGGUCAGUAUGGGCAAGGUAGGCACUACCAUUCUUAAAUAUGUUGACAUUUUGUGUAUAAUAUAAAUAAAAUAUGAAAUAAUCAAAA